CGUUGUGAGCGUCUGUUCGAAUGAGAUAUAGCACGAGUUGGAAGAAAAAACAAUGAAAAUAUCGAGAAAAAAAUGGAUUCGUUGCAAAUGGAACCAUUGAAUUUAACCCGAAUACCGUCAGUCGAGAGUGUGAUAAGCACUGGGGAUUUGUGCAAGGAUUGUAACAGUGAAUAUUGUAUAGUGAAAAAGUUUCGUGAAUAUAAAAGCGAGCAAGUUGUGUUGAAUUCGUAUCAUCAAUUUCAAUGUGUACCGUGUGGAAAGUCAUAUACGGCAUUAUCGACGUUACGCAAUCAUCAAAGAACUCACGUUGAGAAUAGAUCAUUUUUUUGUGAAUUUUGUACGAAACUAUUUGCUACAAAAUACGCAUUGAAAAAGCACACCGACGAACAGCACGCAAAAGAGGAAAAAUCGUUUAAAUGUGGACUUUGUGCGAAAAGAUUUCGAAGCAAAAGCAGUUUGAGCGCACACAAACGUAUGCACAAAAAUGAAAUGCCUGAUUUUGAAUGCACAUUAUGUGGCAAACAAUUUCGAUGGAAAUCAAAUUUCAAAGCACAUCUUGCAUUGCAUCAGCAUCAAAACUAUGUGUGUGAAAUAUGCCAAAAGAUAUUUAUGUCAGCGAAUCGCUUACAAAAGCAUCAACAAAAACAUUCGAGCGCAGAAAACCAAUGCCGCUAUUGUCAAAAUAUCUUUUCAAGUCGAUACAAGGUGAAUUAUCACAUUCGAUUGAAACAUCAAAAUAUCGCCCCAUGGCAAUGCCAAUUUUGUUUGGAAUCCUUUACUACAGCUACCAAAUUUCGUUCGCAUAUUUACGAAAUUCACGAUGCACCAAAACCGUUUGCCUGCAAACAAUGCAAUCGAACCUUUCGAACCAAAUACAAUUUGGAAACUCACAAUGGCAAACACGACAACAACACCAGUAGCGACAACAACAACACGCAUCCGUAUGAAUGUGACAGUUGUAGCCAUCAAUUUGUGCACAAACGCAAUUUAUAUUCGCAUAUGAUGCGGUGCCAUCGACAAAACAAAGAACCAAACAACGACAAUUCGCAUAAAAAACGACUAACGCCAAAUACCUUUGACCGACAUCGAUAUUUUUGCAAAUUGUGCCAGCGCGGUUUUGUCUAUAAAAGAGCAGCAUUCAAUUGUACACACAAUGCCAGCUACUAUCAUUUACGAAAUCAAAUAAAUAACGGUUUGAAUGGCGCUAAUAUUGAAUUAAACCAACAGCACAACGAAACGGAUAGGAUGAUGGUAAAAAUUAGUUUGGUAGCCGAAAACCGAUCUAACCAAAUUAUUCCUUUGUACCAAUUGAAUGUUCCAAAUGUAAACUCGACCCCAACAGCAAUUAGAAUUUCCAAUUCGGAAACAUCAGUUGAAAGUGUACACCGAAAUAUUGAACCAGUCAUACUGGUGCAAGCAUUCACUACUCCAUUGAAUUCAACCACCAACAACUCCAUUAGACAAAACGGUUCAGUUGAACAUCCACACCAAAACGAUUCGUUCAAAACAUUCUGCGAUUCACUUACGCCGGAAAUUAUCGUUAUUGAUAACAGCAGCAGUAGCAGCAGCUCUGAUGUAGAAAUAUUUCCAGAAAAAUCCAAUGGAAAAACUAUCAAAGAGUCAAAUCUGUUAUGCUCGUCAUGAUAUCGAUAUCGUUGACACUUUUUUUAUUUUAAACUAUUUGACUUUGAGUUUUCCUUUUUUUGUGUAUUUUAUUCAGCUUUAGAUAAAAUCAAUUUUUGUUGCACAUUUUAUAUGACUAAUUUUAGCGG